AUGCUUUCAAUAGAAAAAGAAAAUUCAAGAGUUGCUACAACUAAACCAUUAGAUGAACUUUUUACGAAUGUCGGUCAAAAGUUUGAGACAGAGACCGUAAAGCAUGAAGGCUAUCGUUUUGACUACCCAUUGAGAUGGCUAAGAGACCCAUCCGUCACAAAAGCUGUUGGCUUUCGUAGAAUGAAGUUCAUUUCAGAAGCCAUACAUGGUUUCCCAUUUACGGUCGCUUUUGAAGUUCGAUACUAUAACAAAGAAAAACGUACGUAUGAGAAAUUUGAACAGGGAAAACUUUUACAAGUGAAUUUGCUUGUAAACUUAGAAACAACUCUUCAAGCUUUUCAAGAAAAAAUAAACGAUAUCUAUAUCGAAUAUGCAAACCAGUAUAACAUUGACGAAGGAGAAUACCAUCUCGAUAUUGUUUAUGA